AUGACCCCAGACAUCUGUCUGCGCCCUACGCUCCUCCAGUACCCUCCCGAGCUAGAGAACCAUUCACUGGUCCUCUUCAAUCCUCAGGAGCACCACGACAUUGUCUUAGCUGAGGACCCGCAUGAACUCCAGCUCCUAGAGCACUACAAGCAAGUCGGGCGUGAUCUAGUCGAGUCCUUUCUCUUGCAGCUGGAUGUCUGGACUCGGCACCUAGAUGGGCGUGUUCUCGCACACUUGGAUGCCUCACAAUUCCAGCUCUUCCAGGAAGCCAUGGCGCGCAAGGGAAUCGUCGAGUUCAAGAUGAGAAACCCCCACCUAGGGGGAGAACACCGCCACUCGGAUUUUCAAUAUAGCUUUGAUGUAAAGAACGAGGUCGGGUCCGAGAAAUCCGUCGACGACAAGGGUGAUGUGGGUGGAGGUCCUGCGGACUGGUUCGUGGUGGACCCGAACCUUCAGAAGACUGCCGACGAGGUGGCCGAAGCUGUCAACGAAUACGAAUCGUAUCCCGGAACAGUGCACUAUCCAGAGUGUGAAUUGUACUUUGAGAACAUCAGGAACUUGCGGCGGCAGCGGACGGAACCAUCGAUGGAAUUCAGACCUGCCGAUCCAAAGAAAUGGAACCAAGACAUGGAAAGAGAGCUUUCUAGCUGUUACCAUUGGAAUGUGGAAGAGCAUCCGGACAGCGACAAGCUGCUGGCUCUUAUAAAUCAAUGCAUUGACCAAUGGAACGCCAAGUUUGGACUGGAGGGUUCCCGAGCCCAGGGCGUGAAGCAUCUUAAGCCAUCUAGGGUCGAUGUAAAACGCUGGUGGAGUGUGUAUCAUACGCAUGAAGAGAUCAAGGAUUAUUACCUGACUCUCAUGGACGAUUAUCCGGAGCUGAUGUCCUUUGUGCCUUCGAUUGGCAAGACCGCCGAAGGACGCGACAUCUUUGCCGUCAGGAUCACUGCAAAGGACCCCGAUGGCUCUGUGAGAGAGAAGCCCCAGGUCUGGAUACAAGGCCUCCAGCACGCGCGAGAGUGGGAUAGCGGUACCAUCGUCCAAGUUAUAUCGCACAAUCUGCUGAAAAUGUAUGGCCGGGACACGAACAUCACCAGAGCCCUCGACGAGAUCGAAUUUGUGAUCGUGUCUAUCGUCAACGUGGACGGCUACCAUCAUACCUGGACUACGAACCGUUUCUGGCGAAAGAACCGCCGUCAAGCCGGCAACCACGGGUCGUGGGGUGUGGAUCUCAACAGAAACUGGGAUGAGACCGCUGGGACUGAUGCUUCAGUUGAUUUCCAGAGUUACGAAACGUUCCCAGGCCCACACGCAGCCUCGGAGCCGGAGGUGCAGGCGCUGCAGGCGUAUUUUCUCCAGCAAAAGAACAUCAUCGCAGCUCUUGAUAUCCACGGCGUCAGCUGCUCCGGCGGUGCCGACCCAUUCCCGAAGGACAAGGCUGAGGAAUACGAGACUGUGCGCAAGCUGAUGGUUGACGCUUUCGGCACGGAAUCAGACCCUUUUUACCGAGCAUACAGCAUCAAGAUGGUAGCCGGAACUCCGGGGUCGGCAAGUCAAUGGUUCUCGAAGGCAAAGUCGGCUACAGGCAAGGAGAUAUACAGCUUUGGACUGGCCAUGUCACCUCUGGACGCGAAGGGCCAGGAGAACGUUGUAUUCAAGCCGAGCCAGUUUUUGAAACAGUCACAUUUUCUUCAAGGUGCUGGUAUAAGUGCGUUGCGCGCUAUUAGAACCUUGGCACUGUACGCUGCUCAAAACCCGCUUUAGUAAUCCAAGCCGUUGAAUAAAGGGGAUGCGCUUUGGUUAUACGAUGACAUAUUAAACCCGAACUAUUCUAAACACAGCUUAAACAAUAAAAGAGACAACCUCCCUCGAAG